AUGGAGUCACGGCGGUUUAACAGGAAUGAUGGAACUAGCAACUCUCAACCAUCAUCUCCAAGAACUGAAAAUCCUGAUGAGUCAAAGAAGGUUAAAAUCACUCCCUUGCAGCUGCUAGAGGCGUGUUGGCUUGAUGUAACUGGUUCAAAGACUGCAAUCAAAGGGAAGACCUACGAAAUUAUCUUCAAGUUAUCCAUGAAUGAAGAGAAAUCCUUUGGCUGGUAUGAUCCUGUUUCUGUGAUGGCAAAGAUAGGAGAGGAGGGAGAGUAUAAGUGCGUAAAAGUGGAUCUAUCACAGUUAGGCAAGGACGAAAAAGUAUUUCCUUUGGAGAAGUUUGAGAUUGAGUUUAAAAGUGAUGACAACACUGUAAACAAUGAGACAGAGCUCUAUUUUGGCCUGUAUGAAGUGUGGACUAACGAAUGGAAGGGUGGUCUGCGAAUUCAUGAGGUCAUAGUUCAGGAAGUAACUGCUGAGGGUUCUGCUUCUGCAUCUAAUACCCGUCCUGAAGAGUCCGAAGUUGUAGAAGUAACAGCUGACAAUUCUACUUCUACAUCUAAUAACCCCUACGGUCAAGUCCAUAAUUCAGCAGGUAACAGCUCCCGGUUCUGCUUCUACUUCUAG